AUGUGCUACUACGGCAACUACUACGGCCUAGGCUGUGGCUAUGGUGGCCUGGGCUAUGGCUGUGGCUAUGGUGGCCUGGGCUAUGGCUGUGGCUAUGGUCUAUAUGGAUACAGCAGCUACCCAUUCUGCUAUAGGAGGUACUGGAACUAUGGAUUCUACUGA